AUGGAAGUUCCAAGAUAUGAUGGAAGUAUUCAUCCAGAUGAAUGGAUAAAUGAUAUUCAAAAAUAUUUUAAACUUAAAAAUAUUAACUAUAACUAUUUUAGUAUUGCUAAAUCAUUCGUGGAUCCUACUAUUAUCUCACUUCCUGCUGAAAUUUAUAGUUUUGAAAAACUAAGCAAUGCACUUAAAGAAGAUAUUUCUUUUACAGUGUUUAAAAAUACUAAUAAAAGAUUAUUAAGAGUAUUAAAAUAUAUUCCUGAAAGACAAAAUGGCGAAACUCCAAAAUUUAUUUCAAAAUUUCGGAAAUAUUGUUAUAAUGCUGAAAUUAAUGAUAUAGAAGAACAAAAAAAUUAUUUUUGUCAUUCACUUCCAAAUAAUAAUGAUAAUUGUAAUUAUAAUUAUCUUUUGGAAUUUACUAAAAGAAAAGAAAAUAUCAAAUCAAUGAAUGAUUUGAUUAGAGAAUUUGAAGAAAUUGUUACAGAUGAAUUAAAUUUAAUUAGAAAUGAAUCUAUUGUAGCUUUAAAACACGUUGCUACUGGAAAAUAUUUAAGUUCAAUUGAAAAUUUUCUUUAUACAACCGGAAGUAAAUCUCAAGUGGCUUUUGUAAGCAGCCAAGUACUUGGUCCAAAUGCUUUAUGGAAAAUUAUAUUUGGUAAAAAUCGCUACUAUGAUCCUCAAGAUGGUGAUUCCUAUAUUUAUGAUUCUCAUAGUAUUAAGUUACAGCAUAUCGAUUCUUAUAAGUUUCUUGGAAUAAAUAGAGUUUGCUACAAAUCUCCGAUAAGUGAACAUACAGAAGUAAGUUGUGAAUAUUAUUCUUCGGAUUGGAAGGUUAAUCAUAGUAAAUUAGAAAAUCGUCAACGAUAUUUAAAGUCAAAUGAUGUUAUUAAUCUUAGCGUAAAUAAGUUCUAUGAUAAUAACGGUAUGCAUUAUAUUCAAGGUGAAGAAUUUUUACGUAGUCAUGAUAUCCAAUUUACUAUUGGAAAUGAUACUUUUCAAGAGAUUGUUUGUCAUAAUGAAAGAUUAGGAGGAAAUGAUGA